AUGGGCAUGGGCUUGGGUCUUGGCCUUGGUCUUGGCACCAUGAGUCAUGGCACCACCGGUACCCUGACGCCCCACGGAGUGGCCACCGCCACCUCGCCCACCGCUCAUUCGGCACCGCUGGGUAAUAUAUGCAACACGCUGCCACAUGCACCAAGCUCCUCCGGCGGCGGCGGCAGCGGCGGCCUAUCUUCCUCCAUGGCCAGCAACCUGCCACUGAACCGGAAUCUGGUAAUGCUGCGCAAUCAUCUGCGCAAGAAUACGGGCGGUAGCAUUACCGGAAAUGGCGGCGUAGGAGCUUCCGGUGUUGGAGCACAACUGCUGCAGGAUCAGGACGACAGACUGGAGGAUCAAUAACCCAUUUACUACAUCAAGUUCUUAGUUUAGUCUCCCGUUGAGUUAGGUGUAUUUCAAUUGCUGUGAUUCGAUAGUGAAAACAAAAGGCCAACACGCGUCUUUCAGUUCAAAUGUAUAGUAUGUAUAGAGAGAGAUAGACAGACAGUUAGAUGAGAGAGAGCGGUAUAGUGGGGGAUGUGUUUAUGGGUGAGAGAGAUAGCAAGCAGAGAUAGUCAGAGUCAGUCAAUCCUUCCUCCGAUAAUGUUGGCAUUUACACAUAUAUUUAACACUUAUAUAUAGAUACAGACUUUACAGACUUAUAUACAUACACAAUCUGCAGAAAAGGAGAAAUUUUAUAUACUUAGUGAUAUAAUGAAAAUAUUUAUAUAUUUUGACUAAUUUUAGUUAGUGUGAAGCUAUGCAUUGAAUGAGACUUGUAUGAUUUGCCAUUUGAUUACCAUUUAAUUGCUUUGUGUAUGCAUAUUUCUCAACGUGAUAUUGUGAAACGUCCAACUUGAAUUGCAUUUUAAAUAGAUUCAUUUUCAACGUUUUAAUAACAGACACACAUAGAAGUUGAUUCCUAUUUUAAGGCACUAAACUGAGUGCAAGCAAUAGACCAAUUCAAUUUUAGCAACCAAACAGAAUAUUUAUAAACAAGAAUAGAAAACAUAAGAAGGAACAGAACACCAACUGCCAUUCGAAACUAAUUUUAAUUUGUUAAACUCGUAUAAGGACAAUGUAAAUGGAAUGAAUGCAUCGUGCAAAUCCGUCAAAAACUUGUAUAAAUUAAUGCCGAAAAUUGCCAAAUCGAGCAAACAAAAGUAAUGUACGCUAAGCAAUAUUUUCAAAUCGUAGCGUGUCGUUUCCGGAUCGUGUGUAUAUAUAUGGAAUGAUCCAGUUAAGAUUUAUUAUGCCUCUUAUAGAUGAUAUCAAAACGUAUCCACAAUGAGCGAUUUAGCGAUAAUCAAAAGCAGACAAUGAAAUUAGUCAGGCAGCGCAAAUGUUUUUAAUCAGUUUUCAGCAAUUAGUUAAAUAAAUGAACGAAUAUUUAUCACGGCACAACAACUACGAAUAACAUAUUUAAAUUAAAACUGAUUAAAAUACAUAUUAAUGAAUAGCAUAACUAAGCGUAGAGCAUAUGAUUCUAAUAUAGCAAUUGACAAAAUGUAAAUGAGUUUAUUCGAAAAACGCUUUGACUUCUACUCAGAACGUAAUUAAACCUGAACAUAUUUUGUGACAUAAGAUAUCGAUAUUCAUAUUGUAACUCAAUUAACUCUAAUCGCAAAUAAAUUAAAUCAAAUUUAAACAACAAACAAACAAAUCGCACGUGUUACAGCCAGACGAAGAUAAGGUUAAAGACAUAUAUGUAUAUGACAAGAGGAUGUGAAAUACUGGAUUAAAGGCAUUUUUUUAAAUUUAACUCCAACGUACAUAUAAGUGUUUCAACUGUAAAUUGUAACAAAGUCAAAAGAAUAUUUAUAUAUUUAGAGACAAGAUGGGAUGAAAUGAGAAGCAAAAACAAAUCGAACACAUCCACACAGCAUGUGCUAGCAUUUUCUAAUUAACACUGUAAAAUGAUGUAAUUUAAAGACAGAAUAUAUAAGCAAUAUUAAAGUUUAACCUAACAAGGAGCCACAAAAUCGAUCAUAAGGUCAACACAUUACAAUUGCAAAACAAAACAAAACAAAACGAAACAAAAACCAUUAAAAUUCCAAUACACAAAGUAAAACGAGAGCGCAAACUAAAGUAUUCAGAGUUCAGUAAAUUUUAGAAGAAAUUUUCAAAAAUAAAACCAAAACUCGGUGGAAAAUGAUGAUUCAUGUUUAUGCAUAAAUCAAAAUAAAAUUCUUUAAAUAAAAAUGAACAUAUCUAAAAAGUAAA